AUUUGUUGUGAUAUCAUAUCCCCAGUGCUUCCCCUCGCUUGCGUUCAAGAACAUGGCGCAAUAAUGGCAGAAGGAGUACAAGAGUGAGUAAAGAGAGGAGAGAAGGAAGACUGAGACGUGGAGGCAAGUGGACGGACAGAUCAAACAUUUACAAAAUAGCCAACAAAAGCACUUCCUGUGGAUUUGCUCUGAGAAGAUAACUCCACAAGUGAACCAGCUCAUAAAGUAGUGAGGACUGCGAAUCCCAAAGUUCUUACAAACCAAAGAUUCUUCAAUUCCCUCCCUAAAUGGCGUCAGACCUCUCCAUCUCCGCUGCCCCCCCCAGCUCCCCUCCACCUCUCCUCUCGCCUCCUCCCCUUUCUCACCAGUCAAACCAGAUCGGCAUCUCCAUCCUGGUCCUAGCAUUCGUCUUCGGUUUCCCCGGUAACCUCUUUGUUGUGUGGUCGGUGCUGUGCCGUGUGAGGCAUCGGUCAGUUACCUGCCUGCUCGUCUUAAACCUCGCUGUGGCCGACGCGUUGGUGUUGCUAAGCUCCCCGCUUUUCCUGCGCUUCCUGGCAGGCGGGCGAGGCUGGGAGUUCGGGGCGGUGGCCUGUAAAAUGGUACACUACCUGUGCUGUGUCAACAUGAACGUGUCCAUCUACCUGAUCAGCCUGAUGAGCUUGGAUCGCUGGCUGGCCGUGGCAAGGCCAUUCUUGGCCCAGAGGAUGAGGACCAAGAAAACCCUGAUGGCUGUUCUACUGGGGAUCUGGGUGCUGGCUUUCGUCUUGGCACUGCCCAUGGCCUUCUAUCGCAGUAACCUGAAGCUGCACAUGAACAGCUCCGUGACCGUCUGCAUGUCGUACCACUGGAAAAGUGUGGGUCACCAGGUGUUCCAGUACCUGUUUGAGACCGUCCUGGGCUUCUUCCUCCCCUUCACUUUCAUCAUCGUCUGCUACACCUCCGUCAUCUGUGGACUACGCAGGGCCAUGUUCCAGCACAAGGGACGGGGAAACCGUCUCAUCCUCCUCAUCAUCGGCACCUUCGCUCUCUUCUGGCUGCCCUACCACGUGGUCAACAUCUUACAGGUGAUUGGUCUACUUGGUGAUAAUGACACUCUGUUUAAAGCAGCCGCGGUGGCCCGUCCCAACGUCACAGCGCUCGCUUUCCUGAGCAGCAGCGUGAACCCUGUGCUGUAUGUGUUCGCUGGCAGCUCCCACAUCCGCCAGGCCGGCCUCAGCUUCAUGGCCAAGCUCUUCGAGGGCACCAACAUUGAGGGAGGGACCUCUGCCUCCUUUACCCGCAGCACAAAGUCCAGCCGGAGUGGUUCCUCGGCCCCGCUGUCACUCAAGCUGGGGCGGUCGGGGAAGGGGAAGGAGGGGGAUAGGAAUAGUGUGACGGAGCUGCAGGAAGUUGAGGUCAAGGUUAAGUCCAAGCCGGAGCUCAAGACUUUGACCUCCAAUGAUCAGUUGGAGUAGUGUUACUUUUUGUGGCCUACUGUACUAGUCAUAGGUUAACCGUAUUUAAUGUAUUUCGCAGAUCUUUGAUACAAUUUGUGCUUUAUAUCUAGUGUUUGUGGUUGCCUCCAUGCAAUUUCUGGAUAAUAAUAUUGUAAAAUAUCCUUAAAGUUUUAACCUGUUGACAAAUCGAGUCAAAGGCUGAGCCAAUGGCUGAGCCAAUGGCUGAGCCAAAGGCUGAGCCAAAGGCUGAGUCAAAGGCUGAGUCAAAGGCUGAGCCAAAGGCUGAGUCAAAGGCUGAGUCAAAGGCUGAGCCAAAGGCUGAGCCAAAGGCUGAGCCAAAGGCUGAGUCAAAGGCUGAGCCAAAGGCUGAGCCAAAGGCUGAGCCAAAGGCUGAGCCAAAGGCUGAGUCAAAGGCUGAGUCAAAGGCUGAGCCAAAGGCUGAGCCAAAGGCUGAGCCAAAGGCUGAGUCAAAGGCUGAGCCAAAGGCUGAGCCAAAGGCUGAGUCAAAGGCUGAGUCAAAGGCUGAGUCAAAGGCUGAGUCAAAGGCUGAGUCAAAGGCUGAGUCAAAGGCUGAGUCAAAGGCUGAGCCAAAGGCUGAGCCAAAGGCUGAGCCAAAGGCUGAGUCAAAGGCUGAGUCAAAGGCUGAGUCAAAGGCUGAGUCAAAGGCUGAGUCAAAGGCUGAGCCAAAGGCUGAGUCAAAGGCUGAGUCAAAGGCUGAGUCAAAGGC